CGCGGCUGCGGCGGGCGGCGCUCUCCUCUUGGGUCCUCGUGGGGAAUGCCCGGGGGUGGACAGGCUGGACCGCUCUGUUCCCUCCAUCCCGGCCGCCGCCCGCAGAUCGGUAGCCGCGGUUUCCAUGGAGCGGGAAGCCGAGGGUGUGAGAACUUCACUCCGGCGGGCUAGGCGAGGUCCGCACGGGGCUGCGCGACAAGAACAGUCCGUCCCUGCGCUUUUUCAAACGUCCAGGCUGAUGCACGGUAAAAACCAAACCCAGCAGCCCUCUCAUUACUUCUAGGGUGAAGAAUUGUGAGGUGGAGCACAGAAAGUUGAUGUCCUAAAACCAAGCCAGUGUGCAGUACAGCUAGAUGAACAAGGCCAGAUCUUGUUAUAGGCUUGCAGAGACGAUCUGAUCACCUGGAAUUAGAGCUGAUCCAGAAACCACUUCUGUUUCAAAAAUGUUGGAGGAAGAUAUGGAAGUAGCCAUCAAGAUGGUGGUCGUAGGGAAUGGGGCAGUUGGAAAGUCCAGUAUGAUUCAGCGAUAUUGCAAAGGCAUUUUUACAAAAGACUACAAGAAAACCAUUGGUGUUGACUUUCUGGAGCGACAGAUUCAAGUUAACGAUGAAGAUGUCAGACUGAUGUUAUGGGACACCGCAGGUCAGGAGGAAUUUGAUGCAAUAACAAAGGCAUACUAUCGAGGGGCCCAGGCUUGUGUGCUUGUGUUUUCCACCACAGACAGGGAAUCUUUUGAGGCGAUUUCCAGCUGGAGAGAAAAAGUAGUAGCGGAAGUUGGAGAUUUGCCAACUGUGCUUGUCCAAAACAAGAUUGAUCUGCUGGACGACUCUUGUAUCAAAAAUGAGGAAGCCGAGGCCCUGGCCAAAAGGCUGAAGCUGAGAUUCUACAGGACGUCUGUGAAGGAAGACCUCAAUGUGAACGAAGUUUUUAAAUAUUUGGCUGAGAAACAUCUACAAAAACUCAAACAGCAAAUAACUGAAGAGCCAGAGCAGACACACUCAAGUAGUAACAAAAUCGGUGUCUUCAACACGUCCAUUGGAAGUCACUUGGGGCAGAAUUCAAGUACCCUUAACGGUGGAGACGUCAUCAAUCUUAGACCUAACAAACAAAGGACCAAGAAAACCAGAAAUCCUUUUAGCAGCUGUAGUAUACCCUAAAUUGCUUCAGGGAGAAGAGCAGAAUUGCAUUUGCAGUUCACUAAGGAACGCACCCGGUGGCGUCACGGCGUUAGAGUCUUAGCGGACGGACCUUGCACCUCGCUCUGAAAGCUGACAUUGUAAUGUUGCCCUGCAGUGCUUCUCAGAACGUAGAUCGAGACCUCUACUGGAAAGUUACCGCCUUGUGGACUCAUUCUAGUUUUUGACAUUAGACGAAGCUUAUCCUGUUUUUGAAGGGACACGUAGGACAUGUCAAAACAGAUUUUGCUGAAUUUUAAAAUGCUGAAAACAAAGUUGAAAACGACUAAAUCUGUUGGUAACAGUUUCCCUCACUGCCCAAGGGGAGGCAGCAAGCAUUGCUUCCUUGGAACUGGUUGUCUAGUUUCCUGUUCAUUCUGAAUGCGUAAAGAAAGUACUGAAGGGAAAACUCGGGUGCCUGUCAGCCUGCACUCGUGUGUGUUGUCAGUGGAACAUCUGUUACGGGUUGUGGGAGUGUGCAUGCAGACAUCUGGCUCCAGCAAACGAGGUCUGUGCCCUGGGAAAGGCUGUAGAUCCUAAGCAGUUCACGCACACCACCAUUUAUACAUUGUGUAUCUUUCUGGUCUCACACGAGAACUUCAAGACAUAUUUUACAAAACACACUUGGACUUAAAUGUGCCGUGUGCCAAAACAGCCCCCUAAUUUUUACAGUGCUGUAUAGAAUUUGUAUUUGUGGCAUCCUUUAAAGGCGGUGAAGGGAAUGUAAACAUCUGAAUGCCAGGGCCUCUCCUGAGUGAGAGUUCCGCAGAGUCCUCUCCGUGGCCACAGUAAGAUGGUGAGCUCAUGCUGUGACAGGGUCAGCCACAUCCCCAGGUCCACAGCAGCCAGCGCCACCCAGAAGAUCCCGGGAAGUGUGCAAAUUAGUUCUUUGGCUGCUGACUGAGACCCCCCCUCAACUCUGAACUUUGAAGAUGAAGGGAACCAUUUUUUCAGAAUGUACAAAGGUAGUCUGGUCCUGAGCCAGGUUAUGGAUUUUUCGAAGCCUUGCAACUCUAAAGCAUCCUUCUGUUUACAAACCUUGUAUAACAUUUUAAGAUUAUUGCUUAAAAUUUUCUGUGGCCUUUGGUUUCCAUGGCACCUUAUUGAGAGAUGUUGGCACAGGAGUGUCUACAAAGAAACGACCAAGUGUGUAGAUGGUGACUGUAGACUUGGAAGUUGGGACACGCCUGCCAAAGAGAUAAUCUCAUGAGUUCUUUUAAAAACUGAUUAUUCUUUAUUAGUGGUUUUGUCUAUAAAGCGUUAGUAGCUCCUUUCCACACCCUGGUUCUCACAGGACUUAAAGUAUAAAAAAGCGAUUUUCUUGAAAAAUGUGCUAUGAUGUCAUUUUCUAUUAUUUUUACAAAAAUAUGUCCAGAAUAUAUAAAUAUUUGAUGCAUUUCCCUUGUUUUUUUUCUCCUCCCCCCUUUUUUAAAUUUCCCCCCAUUUUACCGCCCUCCUCCCGCCUGGAUCAAUGUUGAGCAUAGUAGAGUGUUUUUGUUCUGUGGUCGAGACUGAAGCUUGCCUUUCACAUUAAACCCAUCUGCCGUCAUCCGUCAGCGAGUAGUAAAGAUGUUUAUUUUGUGUCUCAGUUGUUAGCACUCCCAUUGCUGGCGGUGGGAGAAGAAUGGCGGGACCCUGGUUCCUCACCACCUACCUAGGUCCCCCGCUGUGAGUGUGGUUUUUUCUCUCUUCAAAUACAGUCUUCGGUUUUUGCACAGAGUGUAUUUGGUGACAAAUAGCCUUGUUAUUUUUAAUUGGCAGGGUUGAAUUGGGAGAAUUCCUGAGAGAGCACUGUAAGCUGUGCUCCUAGGCACGAAUGUGUGGUGAGGGGUGUGUGGUACUUCUCUAUGACAUAGACCCAGACUGAUGGUGGCUGCUGUUUCCUCAUAUUUGUAACAGAAUUUUAUGUGCUUUAUCUUUUUUUAAUGGAAGUCUUUGUAACACAUUUGAAUUUUUACUUUGCAUUGCUGUAUUUUUAUAGACUGUCUAAAAUCAGCCACAAGUAAUAUUAAUUUAUCCAUGUAUUCAAUUCUGAAGCCUUCAGAGGUCACAUUGUCCCCUUGUGUGACUGUAACUUCUAAGAGCUUUAUACGAAAUUCUGGUGAAGCCCUGCGGUGACACAAAGAGAGCCCUGUCCAUUUGUGCCCCGGUUUACGUUUUUUCAUCGUCACCAGUGUUUAGUGUCAGGCACAUAGCUGUGGAAUAAUUGCCAUAUCUAAGAGUUCCUCAGGUUCUUUCUUCCAGUCUCUGCCAUGAAUUAAAUAGUACAUAAAGCAGCCCUAUAUGGCAGUACAAAAAACACAGGUUGAACUCUUCCUUUUUAUCCACUCGAAGUGGCAGCAGCACAUUCUCAAAUGCAAGCUAACACUACCACAGUGAGGAGACGUGGCCCUUCCCUGCAGAGUGAAGUUAGGUGUUGCUUCCCACCUGUGAGGCGGUGCUCAUAACUCAGGAGUGUGGGCCCCCACUGUGCUUGACACUGGGGACUGGAGUCUAGUCAGAAGAUUUAGGAUGAGGGGUGGCCUAUGUCUUAGACCCUGAAGUGUGCUCUUGUAAUCUGAGGUGUUGUUAACCUUUGGAGUGAGGCUGGGAACACCUCGAUAGAGCAUCUCUCGCCGAGUGGCUGCAGAAGCCUACAGGGUGAGUGUUCCCUCUGCUGCAGCCAUGCAGUGCCUGGGUGGCUUUGUUCACCUUAACAGUUACAUGAACAUCUUGUUACUCUUAAGGGUUUCACAUAUGAAACUUAAGAAAGCUAUUGUACAAAUGGAGUUAUCUGCAUACAGGUAAAUAAACCACAGUGGGGUCUGAACUACCCCGGCACCAGGCUCCAGACGGCGGCUGCCACUGCUCCUUUCCUGCUGGCUCCUGGAAUACUAAAGGAGGAGGUUCAUAAGUGGUAUUUUCAAAAUAAAAUCUUUGGAUCAAAGGAAAAACUUAAUCCCUUCUAUAUUUUUGUUACUAAUAAAUAAUGCUUUUGUAAAUCUGACUGGGAAAAAUACUUGUAUGCAUUCAUAUUGAGUGGUACUUUUGCCUUUGGGAUUAAUUUUAAAAUGUACUACUUGAUUACAGUCUCAACGAAGAUGAAUUCCAAAACCAAAACAAUAAAA